AUGAUCAGAAAUCCAGAUUAUACUAAUUUUGUUUGCUGUGCCGUUUGCAAUAAAAUAAUUCCACCAGCCCCUUUUGGGGAAACUUUCAAACGGAUCCAUGAAUACAAGCCAUUUAAGACACGAUUCUACACUCACAAAGAUAUCUUGGAUAUUGGGGCAAGUAUUCUGAACCAAGAAGAACAGUUUCAAGAGGCCGUGCUCAAAGAAAACAUUAAAAAAGCAGAAGCUAAAGUGUGGGAAAAGGCUGAAGUGCUCCGAAAACAAGCAGUGGAUCAAGCACUUGAAGAUGCAGAUGCCAAGCACAAAUUUGAAAUUCGUAUUCUGGAAGAACAACAUCAAAGAGACUUAAAGGUUCUCUCUAUAAGGACUUGUCCAUUGUCUUUUAAAAAAACAUUUACGUUAGUAAAGAGAAAGUGCUUCUGUUAG